UAUAAGAAGCUUACACCAACACUUUUUCCGUAUAAAUCUAGAUUGUUCCUGAAGGAUUAAAGAAGCUUUUGAAAUGCAACUUUACAUCUAAUCGAAUUAACCCAGUCGUACGUGCCGUGUCGUUUCCUCUAUUCGUAAUCAUUAAAACGUGAACGCUAGCGACGAUCGUUGCGUGACUUUUAUAUGUCACUAAAAUUACAUGCAAAUCAUGGAAGUGUUGAUAGAUUGCUAUUUCGACCGAUUGUUCUCAGAAAUGGAACGCAGUUGCUUAGCUUCGCGAUACAAACGUCGCGAAUUGGUUAAUUAUUUGACAGAUGUGAUAAACAGUUGUGCAGAAGCGGAGAAUCUCGACAAACAGGACGUGUGCGAGAGGAUCGUCAUCUCGGCCCUGCGUUAUCACAAUAUCACGAUGAUGGAGAACGGAUCGGUCUGCCUACUCGGCAAAUUUCACAACGUACUUUACGUGGCGGCAAAGCUCUGCUACGACUGGGACAUCGGCAACAACGAAAUCGUCAGCCGAUUGCUAAACGACAUAUUUUAUUGUGAAAAGACAUUCGAACGAUUGUUCGUCGGGGCGAUUUUUGGCACACGCGUAACACACUUUCUGUCCGGGUGGAAAUGUGAUUUUGAUGAUCGCGAGGACAAUAUUCGGGCCUUGGUGUAUUUCUUAAAUCACGCAAUCAGUGGCCGGUUAGAAUACCGUUGCGAGUCCUCGUUGAUAAAGAGACGCUUUAUUGAUGUGCCUAUGGAGUCAUACGGACAGGUUUUGCCUCUGAGAGUUGCAAUUCAGCACGGUGCACCGGAUAUCCUAUUAAUCAUGUUGCGCUAUGGCGCCUCAAUUGAAUCUGAUAAACUUGCCCCAUCACCAAUGGAGAUCAUCCUGACAAAACUCAGCGAAUUCGAAGCACAACCUGAUCAAGAGAUCGUUUAUCCGGAACACCUACUAACGUGUCUGAAACUGCUACUGCGAACCGUGACCACCGUCUGCGUCAGGACUCCCGAUCACAUUGCCAAUCACAUCGGUAUUCUCAGUGUGUCCUUGUAUGAGCAGUAUCCUAAUCUGGCAAAUCGAAAUCUGAUACCUCCGGAACGUAGUGGAGUCUGUCCGGCAGAACUGAAGCAUUUGUGCCGUUGCCGAAUCCGCGAAAUUCUCUACAUGAAUUGGGCGCUGCCUCGCGGAAUUAAAAGUUUGCAAAUUCCAGGAUCUCUGAGAAAUUAUCUGGACCUGUUGCAGGAUUGAAUAGCAUAUGGUGGCAAAAUGCGUUCAAUAUCGAUCAUUCAUUUCCAAAUGGGCGUAAAGACACGUCCGACCUCCUCUCACACACAGAAAAAAGGACAUUCUUGUUGUUUAAAAAUAUAUUUAGUUUUAACAUGGAAAUCUUGAAAUGAG